GCAGCAGCCUCCAAAAAAAUAAGGAAAAAGAAAAGAGGGAAACAGCCGGGUCACAGGAGUCCACCAAGCAUCCAGGAAACAGCUCACAGCUCAGGGACUCGGCCAAAAGAGGCGGGGAGCAGUUUGUUAUUGGAAAAGCUGACAAGAGACCAAGGCAGCAGGGAGGGAAGAGAAAGAGAGAGGUUGCUGCCUAACUUUGAGUUGGUCAGUGAAGGCCUCAUGCAGCUUCUUAGCAGCAGCUCAGUCCCAUUUUUAACUGCCUGACGCACCUCGACUUUUAGCAGAGCUCACCGGGAGAACAGAGCAAAGAAAGAGGGAAAGUAGAGACAGGGAUAAAGAGGAAGGAAAAGAGAGAAAGAAGGGGAAGCAUGAUGACCCAAGAACAGUGCACUCAUAGGAACAAUGUCCAGAGUUCAGAGAAACCACAAGUAUACAAAGUGGGAAUAUAUGGCUGGAGGAAACGCUGCCUUUACUUCUUCGUCCUGCUGCUGAUGAUCCUGAUCCUGAUCAACUUGGCACUAACUAUCUGGAUCCUCAAGGUCAUGAACUUCACCAUAGACGGCAUGGGAAACCUCAGAAUAACAGAGAAGGGCCUGAAACUGGAAGGGGACUCUGAGUUCCUCCAACCCCUUUAUGCCAAAGAAAUCCAAUCCAAACCAGGCCGCCCACUGUUCCUGCAGUCGUCCAGAAACGUGUCGGUCAAUAUCGUCAACAGCAACAACCAGCUGCUCACACAACUUGUAACAGGAUCUAGUGGAUUUAAAGCACGAGGCAAGAUGUUUGAAGUCAAAUCCACCUCUGGGAAGCUCCUUUUCUCAGCCGACGAGCAGGAGGUGGUGGUGGGUGCCGAGAAGCUCCGAGUGAUGGGGGCAGAAGGAGCCGUGUUCAGCAAAUCGGUGGAGACGCCACAUGUCAGGGCUGAGCCAUUCAAAGAGCUAAGACUGGAGUCUCCCACUCGCUCCCUACUGAUGGAGGCUCCUAAAGGCAUCCAGAUCCUGGCUGAGGCCGGAGACAUUCAGGCCAUCUGCAGGAACGAGCUGCGACUGGAGUCCAAAGACGGAGAGAUCUCUCUGGAUGCUCGGAGGAUUCGCCUGAUGCGGCUGCCUGAGGGGAAGGCCUCCACCAGUUCCUCAUCCUCCGGGACCAGGCAGACUGUCUACGAGGUUUGUGUUUGCCCCAACGGGAGGCUUUUCCUGUCCAAGGCCGGCAUCGGAUCUACCUGCCAGAUCAGCAACAAUCUCUGCCUCUAGGACUGAAACAUACAAAUAUAUAUAAAUACGCAGAUAUCCUGAAAGACAGACGGGCAAUAACAGACAGACGUACCCACAUCGCCUGCCUCUAGGACUGAUUCACAGCAAACACAGACACUACAUACAAAGACUGCCAGCGCUGAUGGUAUAAGUAUAAACAAUCAUGGAUACUGUACCUACUGUACACACUGAUGUAUACACUUUGCAAUCACAAACACUCUGACUGAUAUUUAGGCUCAACCGAUAUGUUUCAACAGGCCAAUACUGAAAAUUUUAGAUUGAAGCUGCUGACAGCGGAUAUUUUGUGCCAAUAUUUCAAAGCUACUAAAAUAUUUUCUCCCUUAAUUUUAUACAUUUCAGAGUGGAAAAGCCUCUGAAAAAAGCAUUUAGAGCAUCACAGGACACUAAAGCUCUCCACUGAGGGUCAUAUACAUCUCUGUCAGCUCUUUAUACUUACCAUGCAGCAGGAGAUAUUAGGCAAGAGACAAAUGUGUUGCAUUGCAGGGUUUAACAACUUUUUAACAAAACAGAGGUCAGAAAGGAACCUUCAUCUCCAUCAUGUUGGACAACGUAGGACACUGGCUGAUACAGUAAUGUUGAAUAAGGGGAAAGUAUUGGUAAUGUAUCGGUCUGAACCUAACAGUCAUCAUGACACACUAUUUAUUUAUUAAUAGCGUACACACGAAAAGAUGCACACACUAGCUUACAGACAUGCAUUCACACAGUACACAUAUUUGAACAUGGUGUCUACACACACAUACACUUUUCUCAUAGGAGCCUCCAGGUAGAAAGUGAGAGGAAAAUCUCCAGAGAUUUACUAGAAGAGACGCUGAUCUGUUUCCUUUCUCCCUCAAGAGCAUUUCAGUACUGGAAUCCUAGGGUACCACCACGGCAGCAGGCCCCGCCCAUUCCUUCUCCCCUCCUUUCUUCUUCCCCUUUUUCCUCAUCUUUUCUUUUUUCUUCUCCAACGUUUACCACAGCUGAGAUAAUAACAUCAUUUCUACUUUUCCUGGUGUUCAUUUUAAAGCCCCGCAGGCAUGCUAUUAGCACUGAUUACAACUAUUCAUAAAAUGAAUUGUAAUAGUAUAUGAGAGGACUUGGCAUGGAUGUAUUAUAAGAACUGGACACCAGAUUCCAAAAAUGGCACCCAUUCAGUUUGAAAGAAAAUUUAAGGGCCAGCACACAAAAAUAGCUUUGUAGCUUCCGAGCCCCUCUCAGCCCAUAGACUUUACAUUGGGAUUAUGUCAUGUUUAAAGCACCUUUCUAGGCUCUACAAAUAUAACACUCCAUGGAUUAUAAUCCAUAAUACAGAAUAAUAACUGACCUUGUUUGCAGUUUGAGGUGUCCUGUUAAAACUUUUACAGAUCCGUCUUUUAUAACGGUGGCCAAUAGAAAAAGUUCUUUCUGGGUCACAAGUGAUUUUUUUUAGUUGCAGUACCACAAGUGGCCACUGGGACAAAUUGACAGCAAGGAUGACUGGCAGUGCCAAAUCCAGCUCUCUUACUACAUCCAUGGGAAUUAUGGGGAUAGUUUCUAAGGUAGACAUGUUAUAAACAGCCUUUUCUGUCAAACACAUACCAGAUCCAGAUGUGCAUGUGCUAAAUUUGAGUAUAUGCAACACAUUCUCACUCCCAUCUUGUCAAAGUACGGCUGAGUGGCUUUACACUUCAAACUAUGACGCUGUUGUGUCAGUUUUGAAUGUUCAGGGCAAACUUCGGGUUAGACUUUCAAAAUAGAGUUUGCUGCAGUUUGGUAGGUUAGGAACAGAUCAUAGUUUGGGUUACAAUAAUAAGUUAGUUUUAUAAGUUAACGUUAUGUAUGUAAGUUAAAAAUAAGUCAACGUUGAUUGAUUGAUAUUGGUUUUACAUGGGAAACAGACGGCAGUCUCCUGGGGAAAGUCCUGUGUUGUGACCCAUCCAACCACCCUGACCUCCUCCCUACACUGACUUUUCACACUAUUCACAUUACGUCACCUGACUUAGAUGUCACAUAAAACCAUUACGCUAGACAGGCGUGUCCAGAAAUGACUCUAAGGUGUACCUACAGGGUUGUAGUUUGAAGCGUCCGGCUGGUGACGUGUUGGGAAUGAGAGGGGGCUGGUAUGUGCAGUGCUGUUUUUGUGCUUAUAUGACAAUGCAUCAACCACAUUUGGGCUGUGUGGAAAAACACUUGAUGAUUUUCUUCUUAUUUGAUGUCAUCUUUUUACGUUAAACUGAACAGAGAGCUGUUUUAAUUUCUCAUAAUGACUGGUUUUUGCUUGCAUAAAUUCCGUCCAUGUCUCUUCCUGCCAAAACAGUAUCACCCUCCUGUCGCCCUGACAAUGAAAAAAAAGUAUAAAAACAACUGAAUAUCCUGUUAUAACCCUUAACUAAACACAAGGAAUAUGUCAUUAAUGUCCAAUGUAAGCUGCUCGAACCUCGGCGGUGGUCACCCUACUUGUUUCUUGCACUGGGACAUUUUUAAAAAAGGACAAAAAAACAAACUAAUGCGAGCCACUCUGUUGAAAGAGGGGAACUGUGCCUGUGCCUUAUGUCGAUGCACUUGUGGCAAGAAGAAGCACAUCACACAGACUUUCUUUGGCAUCAAAAAGUAACAUUAUAUGUGAUUUCAGUUCAGUUUAAUCCCAUCCACAAAUCUCUCCCUCUCCCUCUGAGUGAAUGCAAAGACCUUUAGCUACAUCUGACUGUAGUUCUCCCUGCUGUCAACACCUGACUCUGCAAAAGGACCACUUCUGCUUCCCUGGUUUGAGAUAACGUUCUUGUUACUUAUUUUUCAUGAUCAAAUAUUCUGUGUUAGCAUAUUGUAUGUGUUUUAUGUUAGUGUUUGAAGUUGUAAACAUGUGAUCCUGUGGAGUUUAACAGACAGAUUAUGGCACUGAUGGGUCUGAUUUCCACUACUUAUCACAAACUAAUACCAAAAACAUAGUUUCUCCAACAGAUCUUUAUGACCUGUUUUCAUCUUAACAGGUUCACAUCUGGUGACUUUAAAAGCGUGCUUUCCUUUUAGGUGGAGACUAGUUCGGCAAGACUACUUUGUAAAGACGUAAAGAUCUUGCAUGAUAACAUCCAGAAGAAAUUAGACUUUUUGGCCGAGUGGCCUGUGAUAACGCCUGAACACACACAGAGUAGCGCACAGCAUUUACUUACAUCUUAAGUGUCACAUCCUUUUCAGAGUCAGGUGUGCCAAUCUUCUCGCUGUCGCUCAGCUUCUCUGUCGCUGUAUAUUAAAGGCCUUUCAGAAAUAUUUCACAACAAAAUCGAAUCUAUCUGAUGUAUUUGUUUUUUUGAAUACAUGUACACGAGAGAAAUACAAAUUUUUAUAUGGUUGUAUAUGUAAAUAAUAUAAACAUAACCACAUCGGCGCGCAUCAGACAAAAGAGAAACACUGCUCUUUUGCAAAAAGGAAAACCUUUUUUAUAAUGUACAUCAAUAUGUGUUUUUAUACUGAAAGGGCAAAGAAAGUAUGUUAAAGGAUAAUCAUUGACUUAGCAUGUACAGCAAUGUAUACAACGUUCGCCUGUGGAGAACAGGCUGGUUUUGUUUUUAUGCCUUCUCCUUCCUGUACUCGUCUCUCCUGCUGAGCUUCACACAAACACAAACUUUCUUUAUUUUUGUUUUAUUGUUGUCGUUUUUGUUGUUCUGUUGGGCCCGAGGUCUUUGCAUUCUCUCCAAGUGUGCUGUGUGUACAUUUGUGCUACUACGAGUGAGCUUUUGUUUUGUUCUUCUGAUCCACAGAACGUGUUGAGUGAUUCUCAGAGAUACAAACACAGGAACCAAAAGUAAAAAGAAAUGAAGCAGAGAAGGAAAUGAUACAGAGGGUUACACAUGAGCUAAGAUUGCUGGAUACCAGAACAGGCAACAAAAAUCCACUGUAUUUAAUGAAAAACAUAUUUAUCAACCAUCGGAUCAUUAUCAAUCAGACUAAAAUGUUUUGAGAAAGUACACAAUCACUUUGACAAAAGAAUAAAGAACAUUUUCAUUGAUUCCAUAGUAAUACUAAAAAGUAUAUUGUAGAUACACUUUCCAAAUUCAAUCAGACCUGCAGAUGUGCAUAAUGCACACAUUUUGGAGUUUGAAGAUGAUCCAAAGAGGACGCUGAUCAGGCAUCAACCAGUGGAUUACGUUGCUGAUCAGUUUAUAAUAUCGACAAGAUGGCGUUAUGUAAAGCUUCCCCGUGUGUUAACGCUGAGCGCUCUGUACUUCCUUUUCUGGCUUCACAUUGGAUUUAACAUCCAUCCUGAAUAUUUACAUUUUUCUUCAUUCUUCAGUCUGAAACUGCCGUUCAUGGAGUAGUUUUCAAAGAUGCCAAAAUAAAAGGCGUUGUUCAAAUUGAUUGCAGUAGUUAUUGGAUCCUCCCUGACAAGAAAAAGCAACUAUAAAUUCCACUUACUGAACAGGAAACCUUUUGACUGCAGACUUCUAUCAUGAAAUCUGUUCUUUAGGAGGGUUGAUCUUUCUUCAGUAGAGACACAAACUCCUGGUUUCUCUCCUGGGUAACAUUUUUAUCAACUAUACCUAAAUGAAAUCAAUUAAAUAUGAGCACACGUUGUUUUAACAUGAUAAUCUAAUGAUUAUUGUGUUAGCAAACAACAACUUUGUUCCAACAUGAUUACUUGUAAUUACAACUAGGACGAUAAUACCAAUAUUUUCCACACUCGGUUGCUUGUUUUUGUGACCUGGCCAGUAAAGUUAUAGAUAAUCUCUUACUUUAGAACAUGUCAGAGAUUUUCAGAAAUAUAUGGGAAAACCUGUUUAACAAUAAAAACAAUGAACUACAGAAGUGGAAGAGAGGCUAGUUAGGAUGCAGGCUUCGGCGUGACAUCUGGAAAACUGAAGAGUAAUAAUACAUGGGGAAAGCUGAUGGUUCAAAAGGCUGAUGGUUGUGAUUAUUAUUUCCCUUCUCUAUUCUUUUUUUUUUUUUUUUUUACCUGUUGCACUGCAAUGCUAGAAGCGAGUGUGACAGAAUAAUAACAUAAUAAUAACAGAAUGUUAUACAGGAAUGAAGUCAAUAAUAAUAACCUCUAAACACAUUUUUAAGUAUUCAGCGGUUUAGAAGCUGGUUUCAAGCAGUCUGAGAAAAAUCAAACUUUGAUCUGAUUAAAAAAAGUAAAACAAAAAAAAAAUUUCUGCUGCAACUUAAAGCAUACAGGGAUUGAAUGAAUAGAAGUCAGGGGAGGUUAUACAGAAUUAGAAUUAAGUUUACAAUAAAAUAUUUUUUUUUUAUUUUACAGUAGAAAACUACCACUCAAGUAUUACUUUUAAGGCUUUAUAUUUAAAUCUGAAAACGUUUGACUAAUAAAAAUGCUUCAUUAUUUGUCUGCCUUAAUUGUAUUCCUGGCAUUAUGGAUAAGGUUUUUAAAUGCAUCUAGUUCCUCAUGUUGGCAAAUAAAAUUUACAGACACUAUAGUUGAACAAUUAUCAGGAAAAACAUUUAAUUAAAAAAGUCAAAUUUACACUUGAUUCUUGGUUAUGAGUCUGAUACAGUGCUAUACUGAGAAGUUAAACUCACGUUGAUAUUGUCGGAAGAUCUGCUGCAUAGUGGAUGCAAUGUGUUCAUUUUCUUGAUUGUCUAUCAUCCAUUAAAGAAAAGUGCCACCUGACACAUUUAAUAACAAA